AUGGUCGUCUCCCUCCAAGACACCCUCGAGCAGCUCCGCUCCGAAAGGGUAAAGGACCGCCAGAAUGCACUCGCAAACCUCGAUCAGAUCUUCGCCGACCCAGCCAACGUCGCAAACCUCGAUCCGCGCGGCGACGGAAAGCCCUGGCUAAAGACCUUCCAGUCCCUCUUUGCCUGCGUCGUCAUCGAAAGGGCCACCUGCCUCAAAAAGGGCUCCAUCGCCAGCGCCCAGCCCAUCGCCCUCUCGCGCCUCCGCGACGCCGCAUACGCCCUUCGCCAGCUCGUCGAGCGCUCCGUACGCCAUCUCAACCGCAGGGCCAUCAAGGCCAUCCUCUCGCACAUCGUGCAGAUGUUUGUCCACAACGGCGCCGUCUUCCAGCCCGUCUCCAUGUCCUACCUAAAGGCCCUCUCGACCAUCCUCCAGUUCCCACCCCACGUCGACCACCUCGAGGUCGACGAGUGGUCCAUGGUCGCACAGCUAUGCUCCAACGUCGUCCUCGGCGACGACCCCGACACGCCCCUCGCCCAGCACACGCCCCCCGCCCAGCCCACUAACCGCCCGCUCGGCCUCGAAGACGUCGAGCACAUGGUCUGCCUCCACCACCUCGUCGCGUCGCCCACCGCACCUUUGCGCGGCGACGACAGCUGCGGCCUCAGCCUCUUGGACCGCUACGCCGCCUUCCUCGAACGCCACCCGGUCGAGACCUCGAGCCACCUGCCCGCCCUCGCCGGACUCAACAGGCUGCUCAGGGAGCUCGAGCUCAACGAGGCCCUAGACGUCAUCCGCUUCUCGAGCCGCGCAUCCAGGACCCUCUUGGCGCUCUGGCACACCAAGAAUCGCCAGCUCAAGGAGCAGCUCGUCAUCUGCUGGCGCAUCCUCGUUCCCGUCGUGUCGAGCUGCCUGAGCCCCACCUAUGAAUGCCCCGCGGCCGAGAAGGCCACGCUGCCUGCAGUCCAAGACGAUGCCCGCAUGACGCUCGUCGACCUGCACCGCUCCAUUCUCCGCGAGCACGAGAGUCGAUCCGGGUCGCGGCCCAUCACGUUGACCAGCCUCAGGCUCAAACCUUCGGAACCUGCCGAUCGACGAAGGCCCUACGAGCUCCUCACGCUGCGACAGGGUGCUGCCUUCUCCGAGUCGGAUGCCCUGGCGUGGGCCAUCCUCGAGCUCAACGCGACCGCCUUGAUCGGGCUGCUGCCGCCGCCUCCGGAACAGCUGCAGCUGCAGCUUCGGCGAAGCGCCGCGACCCAGGACCCAAGCUCGCGCGAGCCCUCGGUGGUGCACGACACGGACGAGUUGCCUCCGACGACGGCGACUCAGUCUCCGACCAAACGCAGACGGACCACGCCAGACGCCCCAUCUUCGACAAAGAGGCGACGAGCUGGGACCGGCGUGGUCCUGAGCAAGACCGGAUCGGCCCUGAUCGGCGCGCUCUUGAGCGACCUGAGGCGGUCGACGUCGCUGCGCACCGGAAGCAAGGGCCAAGAUUCCCUGCUCUGGCAGCUGCAGCUCGUCCUCUUUGUCAUCGACCGCUGGCCGGAGCUGGACGCGGCAGUCCGCAGAGGCCUGACCGAGACCGUCUUGGGCCUUGCCAGCAACGCGGACGCAGUGAUCCAGUCCUGGGCAUUUGUCUGCCUUGCCGAGGUUGCCCGGCACUGUCCUGCGGAUCGACAGCCCGAAGAGAGCCACGAUCAAGCAUCGGACGACACCACCGUCGCCGCCGGCGUUGAUGCCGCCUUGGCGCAGGCGUGGACGCUGGCCUGCCGACGCUUGCCAUCGGCUCCCGUGACGCGUCCGGCCGCUCACCUGCUCUCGACGCUGCUUCGCUCGUCAAGGAUGCCGGAAGCGACGGUGCUGGCGGACCUGCGCUCCAUCCUCGCCGAGAUCCACGCCCUUGGGCCUUCGGUGCUGUGCGACUCGAGCUCAGACUUUCUCGUGGCGGCUCUGGAUCGGGCUAGCAGAGACGCGCAGCUCUUCUCGCUCAAUCUCCGCCCAAAGGUGCUGGACUGGCUUCUGGUCAUCUGGCGGACGGGCGUCGUGCUCGCCAUGAGGCACGUGCCGCCGCGGAGCUCCGACCUCGAGUGGACGGAUCUGCUUGCACUCCUCUCGGCCUGCGUCGACCACGCCGCCCCGGGCCUCGCCUACUCGGCGUUCAACGCGCACACCAGGCAUACGGACCUCACGGCCAGCAUCGCCGACGAAAAGGAGCUCGACAGCCUGCGCAACUUUCUGCUUUUCCAGAGGGUGCAGUCGGAUCGACGCCCAUCAGGCAGCACGACGUCGCCGUUGCCCGACGAGGCGAAGGUCACGCCUCCCGGGGACGCGUCGGGAGAAUCGACACCGCAGCUGUCGCCGAUGAACACCGAGCAGCGCCGCAUCUGCAACGCCUUGGAGCGAGGCGUACUCUGCGCCAAUGCGCUUCUGAUGCCGUCGGGGGCCGAUGCAGCAGCGUCGAUGAUGCCAUCGGCUUCGAGCGAGAAGAGCUUGGCCAAGUCGCUCGAACCCGAGCAAGCAGCAACACUGCUCGACUUGGCGCUGCUUGCCCUUGCAUUCCACGCGGUGCUUGCAGAGAGGCGCAUCGCUGCACUGGGCGCGAUGGCGAGCGCUGCCGCCAAGCUCCUCAACCACACCGUCAAUCUCGUUCUGGGCCGGCACGACUGGACGCCGGCCGAGCGAUUGUCGGUUCUGCAGGCGCUAGCCCCUCUUCUGCCGCUGCCUCUCGCCGAUUCAGCGAGUCCGACGUCGAGCGACGUCCUCCUGGUGCAGCCCGGACCCAGGGCUGGAGUGCGUAACGCUGGAUCGUCGAAAAAGCGGAGCGCGCAAAUGCCAGCGCUGAGUGCUGCUGCAAAGCAGGCGCUCGCGACGGGCUUUUGGCGAACGCUGCUCUCGGCGCAGGGCCUGAAGCCUUUACUGGAAUCUCUCUACAACUCGGUCCACCAUGACCUCACCGAUGGGACGGUCGACGCCUCGCAGCCGGCAUCGCUGAACGCAAGCCUGAGCAGGGGCGAAUCGAGCGGCGGCGAUGUCCGCGCCACGAUCGACGACGACGAUAACGACGACGAUUUUAUCGGCACGGCGAGGAUGGCGUCGCACGAUACGUCUCGAUCUCAACGCGAACAGGGGGCGGCCAAGGGCUACUCCCAGGACCUCAUCGCGCUGUGCGUGGCCGCUCUGGUCCAGGCGCCGAAGCUGGCCGCGGGGAGCGAUGAGCCGACCCAAGACGAGCGCCUGGUCAACCUCAUGUUUGAAGGGUCCCUCGACUCGCUGGUGAAGCUCGGUCCCAGCCUGGUCGCGGCGGUGUCGAGCGGAUGCCUCUGGCUGACGCUGCGCGACGUCAUCGACCUGCUUGACCAGAUCGGAUCGGAUCUGCUGACUUCCUACCACUUUGCGCGCGACCAGAGGGCGAGAUGUCUGGCCAUUGACCUGGUGUCCGCGACGAUGCCGAUGUGGCUUGGCGGCAAGCGCCUGACGACCGAGCUGCUCGACAAGCUGCGCAAGCUCUGCGUCUUCUUCACGGAGCAGGUCACCAAGCAAAAGUGGCGUUCCCCCUGGAAGACCCGCCGCCGGGCCGCCGAGUUCAUCGCAGACUAUAUCCAGGCGGACCCCCAGGAGCGCCUCUGGAUCAACGACGACGAGGAGCUGAUCAGCCGGUGCCCGCCGUCCGAGGCCGCGCUCCACCUCAACUGCGACGCCGACGUGCGCGUGCGGGCCUCGGGCGCGACGAUCACCGCGGGCCUGUUUGACCACCUCGACCGCGACGACGACGGCUUCGCCGCCCUCUACGAGAAGCUCAAGGAGCGGCUGCCCCUCGACCAUGCCAAGCGCGAAAACGUCGCCACACGCGUCCUCUGCCUCUCCAACGUGACAAUCUCGAGCUCGUCGCUGCGCAACGUCUCGCUCUUUCACCUGCUCGAGAUCUUUCUCGCCACCGGCUCGCUCGAGCCCACGCUGAGGCGCGCGUUUGAGGAGAUUGCGGCGAGGCUUGGCUUUGCGGGUCCUCGGCAGCUCUUCAAGUGCUUUGCUGGGCAGAUCACGUGGGGCAUGGUGGGCAACUCGUACGACCCGCUCAAGGUGCCCUACAAGAUCCUCGGCUUCCGCUCGCGCAAGGAGUGCAUCGAGCAGACGUUCCGGGAGAGCGGGGCGAUGCUGCUGGCCUCGGACCAAGGGUCCGGCAGGGACUACUUUGCCACCAUGGCCCGGACGGCGCGGAAGACGGUCAAGGAGGGCAUCCGCGAGUGCCUGCCCUUUCUGGCUGCCAGCGAGCUCGGUUUCGCAGCCGAGGAAGCGCAGGGUGCGCCGACAAGCUCCAGGGCAGCGCUGUGGGCGCGCGUCCUCGACACGAUCAAGCAGUGGGAUCCCGACGUAGGCGCAGACGUAGACGCGGCGCAGAUGCUACAGCUGGUCACGUCCAUCGCCGAUCAGGUCGUGACCGCUCUUCUCGCCAUGUUUUACGAGCCGGCAUCGUCGACAGCGUUUCCGGAGAGCCUGCGGAUCAAGGACGAAGCUACACACCGCAACCUCAUCUUCAUCGCGCCGACCAUCGGGUCUCAGGAUCGCCGCAUCGCCGCGCACGAGCCCAAUCGGCCCUUUUUCGCCGCGACGACGGUGCACGAGGCAAUCCUCGUCCUCGCCGAGUCCGGCGUCGACCCCACCGGCACCGAGGUAGCCUAUCACGUGCUGCGGCAGACGUUCUUCCGGAUCGGCAACGCGCCUUUCGUCAACGACCAGCGACGCUAUGUUCAGGCGGUCCAGCUGUACGUUGCCAUGUGCGCCGAAGGAGUCAGCUCCAGUCCGCGGCUGUUGGACGUGCUGCUGCAGGGUAUCGGCUUCCUGGUCGAUCAGCCAUCCGUCCACGAAGCGGCGCUCUCGCUGGCGAGCUGGGCCAUCUCGGCGUGUGCCAAGCAGGACUGGCUUCAGGCGCGCGUGGCCUCGAUCCUUACGGAGUUCGCGCGCACUGCGGCGUUCGGACCGGACGAGGGCCCGGCAGAAAUCAUGGACACCGCCCGGGCCACCAGCUCCACCUGCCGGUGGGCCGAGACGACCAUCGCUGCGCUGCCGCCGGCAUCGGAGGCUGUCCGGCUGGCGUUGCACAUGUGGCCCAACGAGAUCCCUCCGCAGCUCAAGUCGCUCGCGCCGGCCGAUGCUAGACCUCGAGACAUCGCUGCCGCCCUCCAGCGAUGCCCCGAUGUGCGCGUGACGGCGGCCGUGCUGAACCGGCUGCGCGUCAGCCUCAAGGCAGCCUCGGCCGAGGAGCGGCAGGCAUUUGCGCGGUCGACGGUCUGGCUGCUCUUUGAGCGCCUCCGGUUGGACGAGCUUCAAGGCCAGCGGAUUGAUGAGCUUGCCCAGAUGGGGCAGGCGCUUUCGGAGAUGCUCAACAUCUGCGAGGGCCGCCUCCAGACACCAGGCCUCGGCGCGAUGCAGAGCCUGCCAUCGUCCGAAGUGCACGCCGCUCUCGAGUCGACGAUGUCGCUCAAGAAUCCGAGCCGGGCAUUGCAGGCCGUCACGAUCUUCAUCGUCCUCCAGCACCUCCGAGGCCGAAGCAUCACGCCGGCGGAGCAAGCCUACGUCGCCCUGCGCGGCAUCCUCUCGCUCGCCAAGACGUUGACGGCCGCGCUGCCCAAGUGGCCCAACCAGGCUUACGAAGAGCUCACGUUCCUCGCCGCAUUCGAGGCGCCCGAACCUUCGGCGCCGACACGGUCGGCAAGGGAGCUGGAGGAUCCCACCCUCGUAGCCUCGGCCACGGCGUUCGAGGUCUGGAUCCGCAAGAUCACUGGCAUCAUCAGCCACAUGCUGAUCAAGUCGUCGACGAGCACGUUCUUUCACCACAUCCAGGGCCUCGUCGAGGGCGAAGCCGAGAUUGCGAGCCGGGUGCUGCCCGUUCUGCUGCAGCUCUGCACCGCCGACGAGUCGUGCGAGGGCGGCGACGAGGUGAUCCGCCACCUCGACGCCUCCAGAGAGGCGAUUGCACGCCACUUCCGCGAGGUCCUGACGAGCGAUGGCUCCGAUCCACGCGCCUGGUCCGCCAUCAUCGAGGGCCUGCUGCAUGUUCGUAGAUGGAGUGUUCUCGAGAGCGACCCGACCUCCUCGGAUCUGUGGUUCGACAUCGACUUUCUCCUCCUUGCCCGCCGCGGCCUGGACUGCAAGAUGUACACGGCGGCGUUGCUCUUCGUCGAGCUCUACUUUGAGCACUCGACCGACGCCAGCGACGCCGAGGCCAAACAGGGCGCCAUCUCGUCGCUUCUCUACGACGCCUACAGCAACGUCGAGGACCCGGACGGCUUCUACGGCGUCGUCAACGCCGAUAUCCAAGAGUCGCUCACUCGUCGGCUCCAUCACGAAGGCGAGUGGCAUCGCGCCCUGCAGCUGCACGCCGCCGCAUACGAGGCGUCGGCCACCCUGCUCAAGUCCGCCGGCAAGGGGAUCGGCCAGCUGGUCGCCAAAGACUUCCACAUGCUUGGCUUCAACCGCUUGGCCUCGAUGCUGCAAGGCCCCGCCACUCCGGCCUCAAGCGCGCCGGUCCUCGGCGCCGCGGGCCCGCAGUACGGCGGAUUCCAGUACGACAUGGCGUGGAGGAUGGGCUCCUGGGACCUCCCAUGCAGCGACCCUUAUGUCGCAGGCACUAGCCGCGGCACGUACGCUGCACUGAAGGCGCUUCACCGCGACCGCUCGGGCGCAUCGAUUGAUCGAGCAGUGGCCGGAGGAUUCGCACGGGAGCUAGAGGGGCUCGCCGGCGCCAAGCCGGAGGCGAUCAACGAUGUCCGGAAGGUCCAGCUCGAUCUCUUGAGCCUCCACGAGGUGCGGGAGUGGCGUCAGCUUGCCUCGCAACUCGGCGCAGAGGAGGCUGUCGCCCACUUGACCGCCUUUUGGGCCGAGCCCCGGCCGACAUUCCACAUCGAGUGCCACGAGCGGGUGCUGUCGGUGCGUCAGUCGAUCCUGCAGGCCGAGCGGACCCGUGGACAGCUCCACGAGAUCGGCAAUCUGCUCUCCCCUGCUGCCGAGGAAUCGAUGAGGCUCGAGAGGUCGAUGAUGAUCUGCCUCAGCGCUGCCGCACGCAAGCAGGGCCGAAUCCAGGUCUCGAUCAAUGCCACCUCCGAGGCGCAGCGGCUUCAGGCGGCGCUGUCGGACAAAUCGAACCUCACCGAUGAGGAGUUUGCCUCGGUCCUCUGGGCGCAGGGCGAGCAUGCGUUCGCGCUCGAGUCGCUCGGCGCCAUCAUCGAGGCCUUCCAGGUUGGCGAGAAGUCGGCAGUCCGCUCGAGGUACCGCAAGGCUGUGCUCAUGGCGAGGCUGGGCGAGUGGCGAGCCACGGCGCGAUCGCAGCAGCCGCGGGCCAUCGACACGACGCUGUUUAAGCCUGCGCUCGAGCUCAUGGUCGCGCAGAGCAGCGGACACGCACAAAGCACCGAGGAGCAGGCCAAGGUGGCGUACAAAUGGGCCAAAUUCGCAGACGAGCAGUACCGCGGUGUCGACGCCGAAGAGAUUGAGCGGCUCAAGGUGUACAUCGACCGCCGCAAGGAGGAAAUCCGCCAGAACCAGGUCGAGAGCGACCGGACGGUCUCGCGGAGCCUCAAGCAGCGGCUGAUGCAGUUCCAGCGGCAGGCGGAGAAGAUCCUGCGUCAGGACGAGAACCACCUCAAGGAGCUCGAGUCGGCGCGCACCCUCUUUCUGCAGAGGGCCAUUGCCAUGUACUCGCGCUCGCUCACCAUGUCGGACCGCUAUGACGAUGCCGUCGGCCGCCUCACGUCGCUGUGGUUCGACAACGCGUUUGACGAAAACGCCAACCGCCCGCUCUCGGCGACGCUGCCGCAGAUUCCCUCGCACAAGUUCAUACCGCUCACGCACCAGCUCUCUGCGCGCCUCUCGACCGCCAAGGGAUCCGCAGGCAAGGGCUUGUCGACGUUCCAGACCAACCUCUCGGAUCUGGUGCUGCGCGUGUGCCGCGAUCACCCUUUCCACACGCUGUACGCGCUCUUCGCGCUACUCAAGGCGGGCAAGGACGCCAAGGCCAGCGAGCGGCGCGACGUGUCGGCCUCGCAGGGCGCCGAGUCGUCGCAGCGACAGAGGUCGAUGGCGGCCGAAUCGAUCUGGGUGCGUGUCCGGACGACGGACCGGCUCCGGCGGCGCCUGCAGGUUUUCGACGAAGUCUGCCAGGCCUAUGUCGAGUGGGCCGAAGUCAACCUUGCCCAGCAGUUCAGCCGGUACUUUACGCCCAACGGCGCGAUCAAGCGCGGUCCGCUCCGCAUGCCGCCCGCCUCGGAGCUCAGGCUGGUCCGGCUGCGCGACGUCGAUGUGCCUGUGGCGACGGCCGAGGUGCCCAUCGACCGGUCGUGCGAGUACCGCGACAUUGUCUCGAUUGUGCGUUACAGCGAGACGUUCACCACGGCCGGCGGCAUCCACCUCCCCAAGAUCAACGAGUGCAUCGGCAGCGACGGCAAGCGGUACAAGCAGCUGUUUAAGCGCGACGACGAUCUGCGGCAGGACGCCGUCAUGCAGCAGGUGUUCCGGCUGGUCAACGGCCUGCUGGAUCGCGACCGCAAGGCCAGCCAGCGGCGCCUGACGGUCCGCACGUACGCCGUGAUCCCGCUCGGCCCGCAGUGUGGGCUGCUCGAAUUCGUCACCAACACGGUGCCCAUCGGCGAGGUGCUGAUCCGAAUGCACGGCCAGUACGGGCCCAAGGACAUGUCGCCGAUGGAGGCGCGGACGCGGAUCCGCGAGGCCCAGGGCUUGACGGCGAGCCAGAAGCUCGAAGUGUUCCUCGACGUGUGCGAGCGCAUGCCGCCGGCGUUCCGCUUCUUUUUCACCGAGCGCCAAAAGGACCCGCCCAGUUGGUUCGCCAUGCGCCUCAACUAUACCCGGAGCGCGGCGACGACGUCGAUCGUCGGCCACAUCCUCGGACUCGGCGACCGCCACGUGUCCAACAUCCUCCUCGACAAGCAGAGCGGAGAGCUGGUCCACAUCGACUUUGGCGUGGCCUUUGACCAGGGCAAGCUGCUGCCGAUUCCGGAGCUGGUGCCGUUCCGGCUGACGCGCGACCUGGUCGACGGCAUGGGCCUCUCGGGCAUCGAGGGGACGUACCGGCGGUGCUGCGAGGAGACGCUGCGGGUGCUGCGCGACGGCCGCGACGUGGUCAAGACGGUGCUCGAGGUGUUCAAGCACGAUCCGCUGUUUGUAUGGACGUCGAACCCGAUCAAGGUGCUCAAGGCGCAGGGUGCUGCGGGCGGCGGCGGCGACGACGACGACGACGAGACAAACGGCGGUGGCGGGGAUGAGAGCGCGGUGGGUAUGGGAGCGCGAGGCCGCGGCAGGAGGAGCGACCACGGACGCGGUGCCGCGCCUAGCGUCGAGCCUACGCCGCCGCCGCCGCCUAAUCCCUCUGCCACGUCGCUCAUGACGAUUGACACGGCGGAGCUGAGCGCCGACCGGGCCAUUACGUCGGUCAUGACCAAGCUCUCGUCGAGCCUGAGCGUCGAGUACACGGUCAACGAGCUCAUCCAGCAGGCCAUGGACGCCGGUAACCUCUCGGCCAUCUUCCAAGGCUGGCAGGCUGCCCUGUAG